AUGCCGAGCCACAAGACGUUCCGUAUCAAGCAGAAGCUGGCCAAGGCCCAGAAGCAGAACCGGCCCAUUCCCCAAUGGAUUCGGCUCCGCACCGGCAACACCAUUAGGUACAACGCCAAGCGCAGGCAUUGGCGCAAGACCCGCCUCGGCCUCUAA